AUGUCUGAGAUUAAGCUUGGAGACCAAUGGUUCAUCAUCGUGUCUGACCCGCAGAAGCAACGAGGGGACAAGAGCUCUUCUGGGUCGUACGUAACAUACCAAAUAUCGUCGAAGCCUGCGACGGAGGGCGAUAAGCGCAGCGGCGAGGACGACAUAACGGUAGUGCACCGGCGCUACAGCGACUUUGUGCUUCUGUACCAGAUUCUGGCAAAUGACUACCCUGCAUGUAUCGUGCCACCGCUACCGGACAAAAAAGUGCUCAACUACCUGGACCGGUUCAGCCAGUCGUUCACGCAGAAGCGGUGCCACAGCCUGCAGAACUUCCUGCAGCGGCUGGCGCAGCACCCUGUGCUGUCGCAGUCGAAGAUCCUGCAUACGUUUCUGGUCAGCUCCGACUGGGAUGCGUACCAAAAGAGCCUUGCGGAGACGGUCGGCAACCUGAGCAACAAGGAGGAGCUGACGGAGACGAUCAUGAACGCAUUCAAGUCCGUGCACAGCCAGAGCGACGAGUUUGUGGAGAUCAAGGAGAAGAGCGGCAAGCUGGACCACAACGUGUCGAAGAUCGACAAGCUGUUCCACCGGGUGGUGAAGAAACAGGAGGCCAUCGCUGAGGACUACGGCAAGCUGGGGCUGAGUCUGCGCGAGCUACAGGAGCUGGUCACGACCGGCGACGACAGGAACAGCGAGGUGGGGAAUCUGGGGACGAAAAUCAAGACGUUCAACGAGGGGAUGGCGCAGCUGUCAUACAGCCUGCGCGACCUGAGUCGCUACAUCGACUACGAAUACAUCAUCGACUUGCGAGACAUGGAGGACUACAUCGACUCGAUGAAACAGCUGAUCAAGCUGAAGGACCAGAAACAGAUCGACUACGAAGAGCUCAGCGACUACCUCACGCGAUCGAUCAACGAGAAGAACAACCUUAUUUCGGGGUAUGGGUCCGGAAGCAACUUCUUUAAGAGCAAGCUCGAGGAGUUCACGGGGAUCAACCAGGAGGCCGCUAGGAGGGAAAAGAUUUCCAAGCUGGAGUCGAAGGUCCAGGCGCUGACGACAGAGGUUGAGAACGCCAAGAAGGUGGCCGACGCCUUCGAAAAGGAGGCGCUCAAGGAGGUGGAGAUCUUCGAGCAAAUAAAAACACGCGAGCUGAAGCGCUCCCUCACCACGUUGGCCGACCACCACAUCGAGUUCUACCAGAAGAUGGUCAAUACAUGGUCCAAGAUAGAAGAGAGCCUGUAG